AUGGCACCUUCAUUACUUAUGGAAGAACCCUUGUUUGAGCGUUCCCCUUUUAAAGGAUUUCAGAAACACGGGCUGCAGAACUUCAAGAAAGAUACAGACACCAUGACGGUGGAUGAAUCAGGUGGAGGGUUAGAAUGUUCAAUGCUGACUAUGGAGCUGAAGAACAAGAUAUUAACUUUCAGAGACAUCCUCGAACUUCCAUCCUACAAUAACUCGAGUGAUCUUACUCAUUUGGCUGUUAGAACCAUAGUAGAUCUCCACAAGCUGUACCCAAAUAUGGUUCGUGUCGAUCUCUCCACAGCAACCAAUGAAGAAUCAGUGACUCAGGUUGCGGUUCACUAUCACAUAUUGAUCUGCAUGACUCUAAUAUUGCUUCGUUAUAAUAAUGCGCGGCACUUAAUCGGAAUGUGUGAACAGGGUUUAGUAUGUCUUUACAUUGCAUUGAAGUCUAUUGGCAAACUAUGGGGCUUAACCAACUCUAUGGAUGGAGCACAAGAGAGCCUGCAGAAUAUUGAGUUCGAUCAACUUGCUGGCAAACUCAUGGCCAACCUCACAUUCUUAACUGCAUCAGCAAAAGAGAUGUUUAGUGUGAUGGAUGAAGACGAGGACACCGGGAAUGUAGAAAGUUGCCGGAAAAUCAAGAGCACAUUAACUGAUAUCUAUUCAAGGAACGAUGUCUCUUCUCAAUAUCCAGAUGCCUCACCUUCAAUCUCCCCCAAGCGCGACCCUACUGUGGUCCUUGAAGAGACUUAUGAUGUUUCUUCCUCUCAAACCCAUAUUGGUCCCCUUCGUAAUGAAGAGAUUGAAAAUUUGGAGCAAUUCAACCUUUUCCCAAGUGAUAAACCACAACACGAUUCCAGUGUCGUCGAUGAAGCUCGUGAGAUAGCUACCCAGAUAACUGCAACAGACCAACCCGAAGAAGGACCCGAGAAACCAGGCUUUGAGGGGCUGAAAGAACAUUUCAAUAGUAAUAAAAGUGAUGAUUCAGAAGUUCCAAAACAUGAAGCGAGUAAAGAGCCCGAGGCAACACAUCCAGCAGCAAUCCUCCCGCCUCCAGCACCACCUCCUCCACCUAGACCUGUAGCGGCAAUAUCAUCUUCACCACCGAUUCCACUUUCUAAAGGAUCAGAAGCAAUACCACCGCCGCCACCUCCCAUGGCAAUGACUAAGGGAGCACCACCUCCACCUCCACCACCACCUCCCAUGGCAACGACUAAGGGAGGAGCGCCGACACCACCCCCUUCUCCGCUUAAUUUGGUAAAGAUCGUGCGCUUAAAGAGAGCAGCUUCAAAACUAAAGAGGUCAAGCCAAAUGAGCGCUUUGUACAGGCAUCUGAGAGGUAAAGUUGAAGGCUCUAGUUUAAAGGUUGGAAAUGGAACCUCGCCGCAGAUAAAAUCCAAACUCGGGGCAUGUCCUACGGGGAAACAAGGGAUGGCUGAAGCAUUAACAGAGAUAACGAAAAGAUCAUCAUAUUUCAAAAAGAUUGAGGAAGAUGUGGUGAAGCAUGAAAAAUUAAUAUUGGAACUUAAAGCUGGGAUCGCUUCCUUCCAAACAAAGGACAUGGAUGAGCUUAUCAAAUUUCAAAAGCACGUGGAGCAGAACCUGGAGAACUUGACUGAUGAAACUCAGGUAUUAUCAAGGUUUGAGGGAUUUCCCAUGAAAAAACUUGAAUCACUGAGGGCUGCAGCAGCUUUGUAUUUGAAGUUGAAUGGGAUCCUUGCCGACCUACAGACUUGGAAAAUAAUGCCUCCAGUGGAGCAGCUCCUCAGCAAAGUUGAAUCCUACUUCAACAAGAUCAAAGGCGAAUUGGAUGCGUUGGAAAGAUCAAAAGAUGAAGAAGCUAAAAAAUUUCAGAGCAACAAUAUACACUUUGAUUUUGGCAUUCUGGUAAAUAUCAAAGAGUCUUUGGUCGAUGUUUCUUCAGGCUGCAUGGAGUUGGCCCUCAAGGAAGUUAGAGAGACAGCGCCUAGUGAAUCCGGGGGCAGAAAUCAAAGUAAUAGAAAGAGCAGCUUUAAAAUGCUUUGGAGGGCCUUUCAGCUUGCAUUUCGGGUUUAUAGCUUUGCAGGUGGACAAGAUGAUCGGGCUGACAGACUAAGCGUGGAAGUAGCACAUGAAAUAGAGACUGAUGCCCAAUAG